AUGUCCAAGACUCUCACUUCUGCACAGCGUAACUACAGCCAAAUUCAAAAGGAAGCCCUGGCUACCAUAUUUGGCUUGCAGAAGUUUUACCAGUAUUUGUACGGUCGUAAAUUCGUACUCAUGACUGACCACAAGCCACUGACAUCACUGUUCAGUCCAAGGAAAGGGACGUCACUUCUCGCUGCUAACAGACUAGCAUGGUGGGCCCUGUGGCUGAACCAGUUUCACUACACUAUUGAAUAUCGGAAAUCAGCAGAUCAUGGCAAUGCAGAUGCCCUCAGUCGCUUGCCAUUCAGUGAUGACAAUGACUUUGACAGAAAGGAAAAUGGUGAGGACAUAGACAUUGUGUGUGCCAUCAAAGCACUCAGUAUUCAAGUCCAACCUGUGGAUGCUAACGUCCUCCGUCAAGAGUCAGGGAAAGAUCCAGUGAUAUCUACAGUGAUGCACUACGUCCGUGAAGGCUGGCUACCAAAGAACAUGGAGAUCAAUGACGAAGUCAACAAAUUCCGGAAGUUAUCAAACUCACUCAGUAUCUGCCAUGGAUGCCUUAUACAUGGAUCUAGAGUUGUGAUUACACAUAGCUUGCAGCCAAAGAUCCUCAAUCUUCUGUAUCUUGGACACUUUGGCAUGGAAUGCAUGAAACAACUAGCAAGAACUUCUGUUUAUUGGCCUGGUAUCGAUGCUGCUAUAGAGAUAGCCAGUCGACGAUGUGAUUCGUGUAAUGAACAUCAAAGGCAGCCAUCUAAGCCUCCAGUUCACCCAUGGAUGUUACCAGAAAAGCCGUGGAGCCGCUUACACCUAGACCACGCAAUAAAUUUUAUGGGUAGAGAUUGGCUGGUGAUCACAGAUGUUUAUUCCAAGUACCCAUGCAUUCAUCCUACUUCCUCCACGUCCUCCAAAGGAACUUUAAAUCUGCUUGAGGAAGACUUUGUGCACUUGGGAUUUCCUCACACACUGGUCACCGAUAACGCACCAACUUUUACGUCUGAGGAGUUCCAGAGCUGGUGCAAAGAACGUGGGAUCACACACCUGACAGGGGCACCUUACCACCCAGCUACCAACGGAGCAGCGGAACGUUUGGUGCAGACCUUCAAACAAGCUCUGAGGAAGUCUUCUCUUCCGCCGAAGAGUUCUUGA